AUGCAGCACUCCUCACUUCUCAUACUUUCGUUUUUGAGCACUUAUGUCUUGUGUUGGCCUUAUGAUGAUAAUCUUGUGGAUUGGAACCUUAAUCAGAACCACACUGCGGAAGGCCCCAUUGAUUACUCUGGAGCCUGGCCCGACAAUCAUCAAUACCAUCCUUCGCCAGACAACUGGCGCUUUCCUAUCUAUACAAUCUUUUUGGAUAGGAUAUCUAAUGGAGAUCCCACAAACGACGAUAUCAACGGCACCAAGUUCGAGCAUGUGGUCAACUCUAAUCAGAUGCGACACGGCGGCGACCUGGAUGGGUUGCUGGAUACGCUGGACUACAUACACGGCAUGGGCUUUAAGGCUAUUUACUUCGCCGGGACAUAUUUGGAAAAUCUACCUUGGGCCUACGAUGGCUACUCACCGGCUGAUACCACUCUUCUCGAUAAGCACUAUGGCACACUGGAGGACUGGAGACAGAUCGUCACCGAGAUACAUGACAGAGAUAUGUAUAUUCUGGUCGACAACACUCUUGCAACAUUGAGCAAUCUGAUCGGAUUCAAAGGUCACCUUAAUGGAUCUGCAGAUUUCAAAGCAAGCGAAUAUAAUGUCGAAUGGGUCACAGACAGACAAUAUGCUGAUUUUUCGUUUGAGAACACCUGGAAUGACACAUGCGAGUACCCUAAAUUCUGGUUUGAAGAUGGGAAUCCGGUGACAACUAUGGGAGUGCAAGAUCUACACGGGUGCUAUAACAGCGACUUUGAUCAGUACGGAGAGCUAGAGGCAUUCGGUAAUUUCCCUGACUGGCAGCGACAACUCACAAAGUUUGCCUCAGUGCAGGAUCGCCUGCGUGAAUGGCACAAGCCAGUUCGCGACAUAAUCACUCGGCACUCCUGCAUUCAGAUUGCCAGCCUGGAUAUUGAUGGAUUCCGCUUCGAUAAGGCUGUGCAAGCGACCCUCGAACCCCUCAGCGAGAUGAUGGCCGUCUAUCGCGAAUGUGCGAAGAAGCUUGGCAAAAAUAACUUCUUCCUCCCCGGAGAGAUCACAUCUGGAAAUACGUUUGGAAGUCUCUAUCUCGGCCGCGGCCGUCAACCAAAUCAGUGGCCGGACUCUGCAGGCGCUGCCGUCAAGCUAACAAACACAUCCGAGGGGGCUUUUCUCAGAGAAGAUGGGUUACAAGCUUUGGAUUCUUCAGCAUUCCAUUACACAAUCUACCGCUCACUCACUCGUUUUCUAGGAAUGGACGGUAACUUGGUUGCAGGCUUCGACUUACCUACCGACUUCAUUGAGGCCUGGAAUGAGAUGCUCGUCACGAAUGACUUCCUCAAUGCCUUCACAGGAGAGUUGGAUCCCCGGCACAUGUACGGCGUUUCCAACCAAGAUAACUUCCGUUGGCCAACAAUCAAGAACGGUACCUCAAAGUACCUUCUUGGCCUCAACAUUGUCACAUUGGUGCUUCCGGGUAUUCCUCUCAUUCUAUGGGGCGAAGAACAAGAGCUAUAUGUCUUCGAUGCCACAGCAUCGAACUAUUUGUACGGCAGGCAGCCUUUGUCAUCUCAGACAGCAUGGUGGACAAAUGGCUGCUUCAACCUGAACACAACAAAGUUCUACGAUUUCCCGAUUGAGAAGGGACGCGAUGGCUGCAACGAUAUCACUGUCACAUAUGAUCAGCGCAAUCCUGCUCAUCCCCUGCGAAACAUCAUGAAACGAAUUUUUGAAGUUCGCGCUCAUUAUCCGGUCGCAAAUGAUGGCUUGUUUCUUCAAACAAUAUCUCAACUGACAGAAGACAUUUACCUUCCUGGUUCAUCGACUACUCCCACGGUCACUGGUCUUUGGUCGGUAUUGCGAGCCUACUUCCCUGCAGUCCAGACGGAUGCUAUUCUGGCCAAUGAAACCCUCUGGCUUGUCUACCAAAAUGGCAACACGACUAAGACAUAUGGGGGCAAAUGUUCAAACAGCAGCGCUGCCUUGUUAUCUCCUUUUGCAUCCGGGGAAAAGUUGAAGAACCUCUUCUAUCCCUACGACGAGCUUACAGUAGACGAUGGUCCGACCGAGACCUACGGAUGCAUCAAAGGGGGUAUGGAGCUACUUCCAUCGGAGUACCGAGCCUAUGUUCAAGCCGGCAUGUUCGUGGAUCCUGGUCCUACCGUUACUGAGUUUGUCCCUGGUCAUGAUGCCAGACUAUUGUCGGCAGAAGAUAAGAGUGAGACUAUUCCAAUUCAGCUUGGAUAUUCUGUAGAAAUGGACUGUGACGUUAUUACGAACGCGAUCAGCCUAAUGUCCACAACAGAGAAAGGCAUCGUUGCCUCCCUCGAUACUUCCAGUGUGAAGUGUACCAACGUCACAGCCAGAACUACAAGCAAGAACUAUGUUGGAGAGAUUCCGACUGUUUGGACAUGGUCUGCAAAUCUGUCCAAUGUCCAUCAUGGAGUUCAUAAAAUAAAAAUUGCCAACAUUUCCAAUGCGACCGAUAGCUUUUUGAUCCGCGUCGGUGUUCAUACCAAUCCCCUGAUCACUCCGCUGGCCAAUUACUCCACGAGCCUCGUACAAAAAUCCGACGAUGGGUACUAUAUCAAGCACAAUGCCGCAGGAGCUGACAAAUUUCGGUAUUCAGCUGAUUUCGGGAGCACCUGGUCGGAAUGGACGACAUACGAGGGCGGGAAUACUAGUGUUACCAUUCCGACUUUCACUGGGACAUCCAAACAGGCAUGGAAAGGAACCCAUAUACGAGUACAGUAUUUUUCCAGGCUCACCGGGAGCAGCGAUUAUAUUCAGGAAGGUGAUUACGGUUGGGAAGAGAACGCUGUCCGGAGGUUCCCUCACUUGUGGUUCAACGGCCCUUUCAACCAGUACGGCUACGAUGCAGGGGUGGCCAACGAAAUGCAGUUUGAACCAAAGACUUUGCGUUGGAACUAUGACUUUGUCUAUGAAUGGCCCGCCGUGGGUCAGCUGAAUGCCUGGGGUAUAGACUCGUCAGGUGUGCCGGACAACACGGAGGUCUAUGGCGACGUCGGAAACUCGUCUACAAUAUUAAAGCUUCCACCGUCCUAUCUCUCAUCCAACGUGAUCAAUAUCACCGACUUGCCUCCAUUUCCACAUCUUGGAUGGAAAAUCUCUCUCAAUGACGGGAAUCUACGAUAUGAAAAGAUCCCCAUCGGAUCUGGAUGGGCGCAACUCGCUCUCUUCAUUCUUCUGUGGGUUGGACCUAUUGUUAUGGGUCUGGCAGGAGUGUUCAUCUUUAUUCAAUUCUUCUAUCAAGUCAAACUCAACAAAGACGGCAAUGUUAUCAAGCUUGAGACUCUACCUGUCUUGUUCUGGCGCAAAGUCAAAGUCAAAGCCAAAUUACACAAGCACGGUGACUUGGAGAACGCAAUUUCAAAGAAGGCUCUUCCUGCCAGCAUUGCCGUAGGAGGAGUGGUCGACCAACAGCGUCGGACGGUUUUGAUUGCCACCAUGGAGUACGACAUCCAAGACUGGAAGAUAAAGGUGAAGAUCGGUGGCCUGGGCGUCAUGGCGCAACUCAUGUCCCAAAACCUGAAGCACCAAAAUCUCAUCUGGGUGGUGCCAUGUGUUUCCGAUAUUGUCUAUCCAAUGGACACACCGAUUGAACCGUUUGUUGUUCAUAUUCUUAAUAGGCCAUACUUGGUCCAGGUUCAGUACCACGUCGUGGAGAACAUAACCUACGUCCUGCUUGACGCACCAGUCUUUCGACAGCAGACCAAAGCCGAACCUUAUCCGCCCCGUAUGGAUGAUCUUGAUAGUGCAAUCUAUUAUUCAGCUUGGAAUCAGUGCAUCGCGGAGACAAUUAAGCGCACACCCAUAAUCGACUUUUACCACAUCAACGACUUCCACGGGUGUGUCGCACCGCUGUACUUGCUGCCGACUCGAACCAUUCCAGUAUGCCUAUCCUUACAUAAUGCCGAAUUUCAAGGACUAUGGCCACUGAGAACAGCGGAAGAGAAGGAGGAAGUCUGCUCCGUUUUCAAUCUUCCAGUUGACAUAGCAACCAAAUACUGUCAGUUUGGAAACGUGUUCAAUCUUCUACACACGGGUGCUAGCUAUCUCCGAUUCCAUCAGCGCGGUUUCGGUGCAGUGGGUGUAUCUCAAAAGUAUGGAAAGCGAUCAUGGGCGCGGUAUCCAAUUUUCUGGAGCCUCAGCAACAUCGGCAGCCUUCCAAAUCCAGAUCCCUCUGAUACAGGUUCUGUGGAGCAAGGCGCAGAAGUGCCAGUCAAUAUUCAGUCAAACGCUGAACUCAUUCAUGAUAAACUACAGGCACAGAGAUGGGCUGGUCUGAACGAAGACCCGAAUGCGGACUUGCUGGUGUUUGUGGGACGCUGGUCCAAGCAAAAGGGAGUAGACUUGAUCGCGGAUGUUAUGCCGGGUAUUCUAUCUACUAGACCGCUUGUGCAACUGAUCGUGAUCGGUCCCCUUGUUGAUUUAUAUGGCAAGCUAGCUGCGAUCAAACUGCAGCGGAUCAUGGAAAUGCACCCAGGCCGCGUGUUCUCGAAGCCAGAGUUUACGAUUCUGCCACCAUACGUAUUUUCUGGGGCUGACUUUGCCCUCAUCCCAUCACGAGACGAGCCAUUCGGAUUGGUUGCAGUUGAAUUCGGUCGCAAGGGUGCUCUCGGGAUCGGUUCUCGUAUUGGAGGUCUAGGCCAGAUGCCUGGUUGGUGGUAUACUGUAGAAUCCGACUCUGCUCGCCAUCUUUUGCACCAAUUGAGGACCGCCAUUGAAUCUGCCUUGGAGUCAUCCCCAGAGACCAGAGAGGAAAUGCGUGCAAACUCUGCCAAACAGAGGUUCCCUGUUCUAGAGUGGGUUCGAAAACUCGAAGAGUUGCAACGAACUUCAAUCGAGAUCCAUCACAGCAAGAACAGAAACAGUGUCAUAAGUCACACGCGGGACUCUCAGGCAGAUUGGGAUAUACAGGGUUUGCAGCCUCCAAGUUUCCGCCCCGUCUCUCACCAUUCAACGACUGGGGCUUUAGAAACAACACCGGAGGGAACAGCAGAGCCCAAACAGGCUUCUCUUCUGGAGUUACAGGCAGCUGAGCAUGGAAAUAUACAGGAGUCAGACAGCAUCAGAAACAGCGUUCUAGGUCGCAAACUGUCUCUCGGUCGAAGAUCCGGACCUGGACAGGGCAGAAAACGUCUCGUAAAGAGAGCGCUGUGUGAUGUUCGAGGAUUAGAAGUUGAUUAUACUGACGCUGAAGAAGAUGGCACUGAGACUCCACAGGAGGAGAACAUCUCUCCGGAAGAGGCAAUGGCGGCGAUUAAUCGGACUCUUAGAUCCCAUGAUCUCAAGCAAUCAUCCCUUGGCAACAGAACCUUUAACGAUGACUCUACCGCCGACUCGCCACACUUUGUAUCCAGGGGCAAUUCUCCAGUUCGAACACCCAAACAUCAUAAUGGCAUUCCUGGUGAUGCCACGCCUGUGACUCACACGCGUGCUCUAUCCACUCUAUCAUUAGUAUCUGUCUUUGAGGAUCACGACCAACCUGUUUUCAAUCUGCAAAAGGUCGACCCUACUUUCACUGACAGCAUGGGUUAUUUCACGCGCAACUUCGAAAAGCUGCUCGCUAACCUGAAUAAGAAAAACUCGAUCACAGAUCACUGUAUCGAAGUAUACUUGAUGAAGAGUGAGCGGAAAUUUUUCGACAUGUACACCAACGCUCAGUUGAAAAAGCAGCCCAAGGUGUUGGAGCGUCCCCUGACGGGAACUGCCUCAAAUCAUGCUACUGAUGACACAGAGCAAGAGAGCACGUCAUCUCCAGCUGAAGACUCCGAAUCUAAUGGAGCUGAUGGCAUUGAUCAAUGGCUCUCUCGUCUUGGAUACAAGAGACCUAUCGCGAUACAGAGAUUCAUGAGAUGGCGCGUCGGAAAUUGGCCUGUUUACGCUCUUUUCUUGGGUCUCGGGCAGAUUAUUGCGACGAAUUCAGCGCAAAUAACUCUUCUGGUUGGCCAAAUUGGCGAGACUGCGGUCAAGCUCUACGUGAUUGCAGGAGUCUACUGUCUGUCUUCCAUUGUUUGGUGGUUCUUGUUCUAUCGCUUUCCGUCCGUGGUAGUCCUCACUCUCCCCUGGUUUAUCUACUCCAUUGCGUUUGUCAUCAUCGGUAUCUCACCCUUUGCGCCCUUAUCUGCCGGUCGAGCCUGGGCGCAAAACAUUGGUUCAGGUGUUUAUGCCGUCGCAUCAUCCAGCGGGUCCCUGUUCUUUGCCCUCAAUUUUGGUGAUCAGGGUGCUGUCCCAGUCAAGGAUUGGAUGUUCCGCGCAAGUCUGAUCCAAGGCAUCCAGCAGCUCUACACAGUCGCUCUGUGGUUUUGGAGUUCCCGCGUGACUGCAGUGGAAGUGGAAGGCAUUACCACGGCCGCAUUAAGUUCAUGGAGACUUACGGCUGUCGUGAUGCCCAUUGCUGCAGUGUGCUUCACCAUUGGCGUGCUUCUUGCCCUAGGACUACCCCAGUACUACCGUCAAGCGCCGGGAAAGAUUCUCUUCUUCUAUAAAUCAUUGUUCCGUCGACGCGUCAUCCUCUGGUUUUUGUUCAUGGUGAUCAUUCAGAACUGGUUCCUCUCUGCCGUCUUCGGUCGUAAUUGGUCAUUCCUUUGGUCAUCUCAGCACGCCAAGUCAUGGGAAGUUCUUGUUCUGGUCUUGUUCUUCUUUAUUGUUGUUUGGAUUGCUGCCCUUCUUGUCUUCCGUUCUUUAUCAAAGUCGCACAGUUGGAUACUGCCUGUCUUUGGUUUAAGUCUUGGUGCACCGCGCUGGGCACAAACCUGGUGGGGAGUAUCCAACAUUGGCUAUUAUCUCCCAUGGGCCGGGGGUCUGACUUCUGGAGCCCUCGUCUCGCGAUGCCUCUGGCUCUGGCUAGGAGUUCUCGAUGAAAUUCAGCAAGUUGGCCUCGGAAUGAUUCUCUUGCAGACAUUGACAAGGGUUCAUGUCUGUUUCGUCCUGUUGGCCGCCCAGUCUCUUGGGUCCAUCGCCACGAUUUGUGCGCGCGCCUUUGCACCUAACAAAAUAGGUCCUGCUGGGGUCUUUCCAGAUAUUGGCUCGUCGUUGGAUAGAGUUGGUAAUGCUUGGUUUUGGAUUGCCCUCUUCUUCCAGCUUUUGGCUAGCUUUGGGUUCCUUCUCUUCUAUCGUCGAGAACAGCUUGAUAGGCCGUGA